CAAAUUAGUCGACAUGGCUUCAUAAUAUUGGCAUAGACAUUAUAAUGAAAGGGUAUAUCAACUUCGCCUUGCCGAAGUUUGCUUCCUUUCUUGUUUAAAAUACUAUUGCCACAUUCAAUCCAAACAUUAUUACAUCUGUACCAAUAUUUUACUUAUUUACAAUAACUAAAUAACUGAAGACAUAUAAGCAUUUACAUGCCAAUAAAAAAACUAAUGCGGGAUUGGGAUAUCUUUUGCAUUUGUUAAAAUGGUAUUGUAUACGAUUAAGCUCAAUUUCAUAUGCGAUUAUCACGUUCAAUUCUAAAACGAUUACAACUCUAUAAAUAUUUUACUUCAACACUAAAGAAACAAAAAGUCUAGCCAACACAGAAGCCUUUAACUGACUGCAUUUGACAUUUCGCUUUGCUUGACAAACGAAAAUUGUAACUUAUUAGCUAGAGGUCGUAAAAUCAUUACAAAACGCUAGCUGAACUUAACAAGAAAGCAGAAGAAAAUGGGUAAGACAGGAAAAAAACUGAAGAAGGAAAUGAAAAACGAAGUUUCUAAGUCGAAAAGGAAGGAUGGUGUGGCUGUUCGCCUUCCUCCGAAGAAGACAGCUGGCGAAGCAUCCAAUCCGAAGGAUAAGAGGGAUGAGAAGCACCAACGGUCCAGGUUUUCAAAGUCAUCCAUCUCGAGUUCCCGCUCUUCCUCGUCCUCUUCUUCGAGCACUUCCUCUGGCCCGAAUUCAGGAACUGCGAUCCAGAAGACCAAGUCCAAAAGCAAGAACAAUAGUUACUCUGCCAAAACUAAUGUCCAGAAAUUCGGGUUCAGAAGUCGGAGCAGCAGUGAAUCUCAAGCCAGUUCCCAACAUUCGGAGGGGAAUAAAAAAGUGCCAGGACUCAGAAGCGCCGUGGAACGCGUUUUCAAGCCUUGCCGCUCAACCAAUCCUUUCAGGACCAACAAUCCCAAUCCCAAUGGCAGUGGCUGGAAUAGGCGUUCCCCGACCAGAAGCCGCAGUCCCCAUCGGGUGUCCAAUCCCUGGAGGCAACGGAAGAGGGAAUCGAGGUGCAGGACCGUUGCGCCCUCCAAAAGUCACUUUAAGAGGCGUUCGUUGUCCAGAAGUCCGAAACGCCGGCGCACUGCCAAUCGCAGCAAUAAUCCUUGGAGAUCCUCGCGCAGCCCAAGGCGGUCCAGGCAAUCGAUGCCCAGGUUGAGCAGUCCCCACAAAAAAAAUCCCUGGAAGAAUCGAGACUCGCCCAGGAGUCCCAGUCCCCGUCGUGAUCGCAGUCCUGGCAAGCGGAAGGAUCUGGAGCAGAAUAAAGCGGAGGUCUACCGCCGUCGCCACAAAAUCACAUUGGCCAGCAUGGAUCCGCGACCCAUUCCGCAGCCCGUGAUGAGUUUCCGCCGCACCGGAUUCGACCGGAACAUAAUCCAGCGACUGAAGCAGCAGGGCUACGACGCACCCACUCCCAUCCAGACGCAGGCCUGGCCGGUGGCCCUGGCGGGCAGGAACUUUGCCAUGGUUUCCAGUGGGGGCACGGGCAGGACAUUGGCAUAUCUGCUCCCCGCCCUAAUGCACAUCCAGCUGAGGCGACGACCCCUUGUCGUGGUGCUGACGCACUGCCGCGAUGUGGCCACAAGGAUCCACAAUGAGGCACAGGACUACAGUCGUCCCCGAAAGCUCGCGAGCCAGUGCAUCCUGGGCCAGUUGAGCUGCAAAUACGACAUCACCUCGGAAGGCUGCCAAUUCCUGGUGACCACACCCUGUCGCAUCAAGGACAUCCUGAACGGGAGUGGGCAGGCGCUCCACCUGGAUCGCUGCUCUUAUCUGGUGCUGGACGGGCCCGACCGGAUGAUUGACAUGGACAUGGAGGAGAAUAUGUGCCAGCUGUUGGGGACCAUGCGUCCCCAUGCCCAGUUGGUCAUCUCCGCAGCCACGUGGUCGCGCAGUCUGGAGAGGAUGGCCCGCAAAUACAUGCGUGAUUACGUACUGAUCCAAAUGCCAUCCGGCGGAUGCGGCAAUCAGCCAGGUGGAAUCCCGGACAUACGCCAGCGGGUGGAGGUGAUGAAGUCGCGCAACAAAAAGCAACACAUCCAAAAGGAGCUGGCUGCCAUUUACGAUACGUGUGAGAAUCCCGGCAAGGUGGUGAUCUAUGCGGAUACCAGCAAGCGCGUGGACGAACUGGUGGGCUACGUCCGGAACCAUGUGCCCUGCGGUGGCAUCCACAGUGGACACAGUGCCGCAAAACGGGCUGACUUGGUCCGCGAUUUCCGCGACGGCACCUACAACAUCAUCGUGGCCGAGAACUCAAUCUCACGGGAGCUGGACAUCUCGGGCAUCAUUUACCUGUUCAACUACGACUUGCCCCCGUCCAUGGAGGAGUAUGUCCAGCGUCUGACCGGAACGGGAUGGCUUUCGGGCUCCACCGAUUGCGAGGCCAUCAGUUUCUUCACCCAUACCAACUGCAAACUGGCCGAGGCUAUGAUAGAACUGCUGGAGCGGUCCAAGCAACGGGUUGAUCCGCUCCUGAUCAAGAUGGCUGAGACAGGAUCAGACCGGGUUACCAAUCGCAACCGUUACUUUAACGUCAACGUCAAAGCCAUCGCAAUCGAAACCGCCAGCUAGGUAACAUUUAACGAAAAACGAAAACCCAAACCAGAAGCAAACAUUUUGAUGAAAUGCAACCCCCACCAUCU